ACAGGUUAUUUAUGCUCAUUCCCAUGGCUGCAGGAAACCAGACAAGAAUAACUGAAUUUAUCCUCAUGAGCUUCUCUUCCCUACCUACUGAAAUACAGACCUUGCUCUUCCUGGCAUUUCUCACCAUCUACCUGGUUACUCUGCUGGGAAACAGCCUCAUCAUUCUGGUGACUUUGGCUGACCCCAUACUGCAAAGCCCCAUGUAUUUCUUUCUCAGGAACUUAUCCUUCUUAGAGAUUGGCUUCAAUCUAGUCAUUGUGCCCAAAAUGUUGGGGACUCUGAUUGCCCAGGACACAAGCAUCUCCUUCCUGGGCUGUGCCACUCAGAUGUAUUUCUUCUUCUUCUUUGGAGUGGCCGAGUGCUUCCUCCUUGCCACCAUGGCAUAUGACCGCUAUGUGGCCAUCUGCAGUCCCUUGCAUUAUCCAGUCAUCAUGAACCAAGGGACACGUGCCAGACUGGCUGCUGCCUCCUGGUUUCCAGGAUUCCCUGUAGCCACUGUACAGACCACAUGGCUCUUCAGUUUUCCAUUCUGUGCCACCAACAAAGUGAAUCACUUCUUCUGUGACAGCCCACCUGUGCUGAGGCUGGUCUGUGCAGACACAGCCCGGUUUGAGGUCUAUGCCAUUGUUGGGACUAUUCUGGUUGUCAUGAUACCCUGCCUGCUGAUCCUAUGUUCAUACACUCUCAUUGCAGCUUCCAUCCUCAAGAUUCCAUCAGCUAAAGGGAAGCACAAAGCCUUCUCCACCUGUUCCUCACAUCUCGUCGUUGUCUCUCUUUUCUAUGUGUCUUCAAGCCUCACUUACUUUAGGCCUAAAUCAAAUAAUUCUCCUGAAAGCAAGAAAUUGUUAUCAUUGUCCUACACUGUUGUUACUCCCAUGUUGAACCCCAUCAUCUACAGCCUGAGAAAUAAUGAGGUGAAGAGUGCCCUCAGCAGGACCUUCCACAAGGCCCUGGCCCUCAGAAACCAUAUCACAUAAACAU